GAGAGCACCAACUCGCGACGGGCCCGCCUCCCGUCGGUUGCCGUGGUUUCAGGCCGGGCCAGCCAGUUUGCCAGCCGACCAAGAUUUAGAACUAAGGGAAGCGGAUCGCUGAUCGUUUGGGGAACAAGGCUACGGAGUCCAGGCCCGCGCGGAGCUGUUGCCAUGGCAGCUGCCGCCGGGGGCGCAGAAGACGAGCCGCGUUCCGGCCGCUCGAGCUCCGAUGGCGAAUGCGCGGUGGCACCGGAGCCGCUGACAGGCCCCGAAGGUCUCUUCUCCUUCGCCGACUUCGGGUCUGCGCUGGGCGGCGGCGCGGGCCUCCCGGGCCGGGCGUCUGGCGAGGCCCAGUCCCCGCUGCGCUACCUCCAUGUCCUGUGGCAGCAGGACGCGGAACCCCGCGAUGAGCUGCGUUGCAAGAUUCCGGCCGGCCGGCUGAGGCGCGCCGCCAGGCCCCAUCGCCGGCUUGGGCCCACCGGCAAGGAGGUGCAUGCUCUGAAGAGGCUGAGGGACUCGGCCAAUGCCAACGAUGUGGAAACAGUGCAGCAGCUGCUGGAAGACGGCGCGGAUCCCUGUGCAGCUGAUGAUAAGGGGCGCACAGCUCUACACUUUGCCUCCUGCAAUGGCAAUGACCAGAUUGUGCAGCUGCUCCUGGACCAUGGGGCUGAUCCCAACCAGCGAGAUGGGCUGGGGAACACGCCACUGCACCUGGCGGCCUGCACCAACCAUGUCCCUGUCAUCACCACACUGCUACGAGGAGGGGCCCGUGUAGAUGCCCUGGACCGCGCUGGCCGCACCCCCCUGCACCUUGCUAAGUCAAAGCUGAACAUCUUACAGGAAGGCCACUCUCAGUGCCUGGAGGCUGUGCGCCUGGAGGUGAAGCAGAUCAUCCAAAUGCUGAGGGAGUACCUGGAGCGCCUGGGGCGGCAUGAGCAGCGGGAACGGCUGGACGACCUCUGCACCCGCCUCCAGAUGACGAGCACCAAAGAGCAGGUGGAUGAAGUGACCGACCUCCUGGCCAGCUUCACUUCCCUCAGCCUGCAGAUGCAGAACAUGGAGAAGAGGUAGCAAGAGAGGCUCCCUGCCUUCCCACCCUGCCACCGCCCCACCUCUGCCCCCACUGCUCUCAUUGUGAAGAAAAAGCCCAAUGCCUGUGACUUUGGAGCUACACUUGCCUGGUGAGGCCCUUGCCCGUGCCCCAAGAUGCUGUGGGGCAGAGAUGCUCUCUCACUGAUCUCAGAGCCACAGCCAGCCACAGUCUCUGUCAUCUCUCUGGGCUCAGACCCCCAGCCCCCAGCUGUGUCCUCUGGCUUCCCCAGCAAUUCAGCCACACCUCAGCUCUUGCCGACACAUGCUGUCCUAGCAGGCCUCACUUGUCCCAUGUCCUCCCUGGUGCCCUCAGUGGGCCCCACACCCUUUGCAGUGCCCCUUCCUGGCCAUGGGCUGCUUGCAGCCCAUAGGCUGUGGCCUUAGGGCAGCGCUCUCUGGCCCAGGGUGUGGCUUGGCUGGCCCUGCACCUCUCACCAGCACUUAGAUUUGGACUUACCACCUGAUUUUCAAGAAGCAUUGCUCUGAGUUGCUGGCUGGAAGGGGAGGAAGACUAAACCUCAGAUGUACAAGAUUAGGAAGGACCCUGCCAAACCUACAGCAGAAAAGCCCCAAUCCUUUUUUUCCCAAUCUUUGAAAUGCCGGGCAGACAAAGCAUUCAGUUCUGCAGCCUAGUGUGGUUGGCUGAGUAGUAGCCCCCCAAGAUGUCUGUGUUCUAAUCCCAGGAACCUGUGCACAUCACCUUAUACAGCAGAAGGGACUUCACAGAUAUAACUAAGGAUCUUUAGACAAGGCAAUUAGCCUGAAUUAUCCAGGUGGGCCUGAUGCGAUCACAGGGAUCCUUAUAAGAAGGAAGCAGGAGAUAAGAGAGGAAGUAGAAAUAUGGUGACAGAAACCAGAAGUUGGAGUAAUGUGGGAAAGGGGUCACAAGCCAAGGAAUGCAGGCAGCUUCCGGAAGCUAGAAAGGGCAAGGAAAUGGAUUCUUAGGACCUCCAGAAGAAACCAGCCCUACUGACACCUUGACUUUAGCCCAGUGAGACUGACUUUAGAAUUCUGACCACCAGAACUGUAAAGGAAUAAAUGUGUGUUGUUUUAAGUCA